AUGGCCAGGAGUCGUCCGGCUCUGAAGGAUCGGAGACCUCGGCGGCUGGGAAUGUUGCUUCUUGCUUGUUCCGGGCCAUUGGCUGCGGUGGGAAUGGCAGGGACACCACAACCAGAGCCCAUGUCAAGCUGGGGCCGCCGUGCCUGGCUCCGCCUGGGCUUGAGUGGUGCAGGCAUCUGGCAAAUCCCACAAGCCGCCGGCGCCGAAGAUGUGAAGCGAUUCAGCAAGGUGAACACGGUGAUUAACUCGUACACCGAAAAUGCUGGUGUUGCUGGUCAGAACAACAAAGAGGUUGCGGCCUACGCUGACUUGGGAGAAGGGCUCAAAGCAGCCACCAUAUACAAGCCGAAGAUGGCAGACGGAGACCCCAAUGCUGCGAGGAAGGUGUCAGAUGGUGACCUGGUUACCGUGGACAUGAUCGGGUAUCUGACGGGCUGGAACGGCAACAUUUUCAUCCGAACUCAGGAUAAAAGUGGCUUCUCAGAGAAGCCCGUCACCUUCAGAGUGGGGCGGGGUGAUGCAAUCCCCGGUCUGGACCGCGGAGUGGUCGGCAUGUUGAAGGGCGAAAAGAGGAGACUGGUGAUUCCGCCUGCGCUCGGGUACCCGCGGCCCUGCAGCGACGAGCAGCUGGGGAAGCCCGGCGCGAUCCCGGAUCCCCGGGAGUCCGCAUCCGGCUCUGGGGAGCCCUGGGAGCUGAGAAACAGACUGCUGAAUGGUGUUCUCAACAAUGCCAGGGAUGAUACACUUGUCAUCGAUGUCAAGGUAAACCGUAUCGCCAGCUGA